AAAAAUUUUAGAGUCUUUAUUAUCAGUGGUUGUAAGAGAUUUGUUGCUAUAGACUAGAAAACAUGGGUUUCACCAGUUUAUUUUCACUUUUGCUGGUUGUUGUGACUGGCACAUUGGCCGAGCACGCCUUUGACAACACCACCACACAUUUGGAUGCCUACAUUGAAGCAAAUCGUCGCCAUCACAAUGCCAUUCUGCAGGAUUAUGAAAAUCGUAUGGAAAUGUUCGAAACCAAUUACAAUGAAAGUCUUAAGACCAUAGAUAUUCAGCUGGAAUUCCUUGUCAAUGCCAUUCGAGAAAAUGAAGAAGCUUUAAAUACUUUGGAGCUUCUGAAUGAAUUGAACAAGGAAUGUGUCAAUAAAUACAAGCCUUCAUUGCCCGAAGAGGAAGUAACCAAAGCCUUGGUUCAGUCUUGUUCCUACAGUGCCUACAAACGUCUGCCCUCUCUGGAGGAGGAUCUUAUGGAAACACGCAUGAAUUUAAAGGAUUAUUAUGCAAGAACCUUUGAAACUGAUGUUACCUUGUGCGACAAUGAGACCUGUGUUAACAAUGUGGUCUCCAAAGCAAAUUCUUUUACUGCCACUAAUCAGAAAACUUUCGCAACCCAAAUGGACACUGCAACUUGUUUGGGCAAGGGCUCGCUAAAGACUGCUCUCGAUUGCAGUUUUACAGCUCAAAGUAAUGCUUUGUCCUUGUUGGCAUCGACGAAAACUUUGAUCGAUAGAUGUUCACAGAAAGCCGAUUGUAAGCCUGGCGGCUAUUGUGAGCAUGUUGAGAAAAUUUCCUCCCAUAUGGUUAACUACACAAAACCAAUGGUGGAUAAUCCUUUCUAUGGAAAAAAUGAAACAUCUUCUUGCUUAUUGUGGCAAAUAUAUUAA